AUGAUCGAGCUGCUCCAUAUAGCGCUGAUGCUGUGUCAACUUGCAUUCUGAUUCAAAUUCGAAGCUUUGCUUACCUGCAACGGACUCCGACGCUACCGAAGCUCAAAAGGCCAGCAUCACCACGGCACACCAGUUCUGCGUGUCCACACUCAGCUCGCUCGCGACUCUGCAAAAUACUCCACCUCCAAAGCCCAGGUUGGAUACACUAGCGCACUGCCCGCACGGUCAAAUCGUAACAGUGCAGCUUCGCACUGCACCCACAGGCUGUCAAGAGUGUAGUGUGCAUGCGAGUUGCACCUCAACCCUUCAACCUACGGAAAGCCAGCAGAAGCGCGCACACUCGCUCAGUCCCCUCCACGUCUCUUGCCAGUCAAGUCUGUUGAAGAGAUCCAUGUACGGUGCAGCACGUACAGCAUACAGCACGAUUCGCAGACCAUCACCUUUCAAACUUCGAGAUAACGAUCCUCCAUCUUGUCAGGGUCAUGUCUUGGCGAACUGCAUUGACAAGUCAAGCUAGAGUAACUCAUAGAACUCUACAAGUCGCAUCGCAUUUAUCUGCUUCUCCCGCUAGACAUUCCAACCCUUCCUCGCCCGUCACGAGCCCACCCCCCUCUCCUCGAUUAUCCGCCACAAUGUCUUCUUCAGCAGGAAGCGCAGGGUUCAAGCAGGAGCCCCACAAGCUCCUCGUUAUUCCUGGGCCCAUUGAGGUUUCCGAUGAUGUGCUUUGGGCCAACGCUCAUCCCUCUGUCUCGCACGUCUCGCCUGACUUUGUGCCCAUCCUAGGCGACAGCAUCCGCAUGCUCAGGCAGGUUCUCUUUGCGCCCGAAUCACAACCCGUCAUCACUGCUGGCAGCGGUACCCUUGGAUGGGACCACGUCGCUGCCAAUGUCGCUCAACCGGGCGAAGAUGUUUUGGUACUCAACUCGGGCUACUUUGGCGAUUCUUUUGCAGAGUGCUUCGAGACGUACGGUGCCAAAGUAACUCAACUGAAAGCGCCCAUUGGAUCCAAGCCUGCCCUGUCCGACGUAGAAGCAGCGCUAAAGAGCAAAAAGUACUCAGUGGUCACCUUCACACACGUGGACACCUCUACCGGAGUCCUUUCCGAUGCCAAGGGUCUAGGAGAGCUGGUCAAGAGAGUGUCUCCUGAAAGCAUCUUGGUUUUGGACGGAGUUUGCUCGGUCGGAUCCGAAGAGAUCAGAAUGCAAGAUUGGGGCAUCGAUGUCGUGCUUACUGCAAGUCAAAAGGGUCUCGGCUGCCCUCCUGGCCUCAUGGUCUUGGCUGCCAGCAAAAAGGCCAUCGCUAAGUUCGAGAAGCGCGCUUCACCUCCCAACUCGUACUUUGCCAGCUGGGCAAAGUGGCUGCCCGUCAUGAAGGCAUACGAGUCUGGGACCGGUGCCUACUUUGGUACUCCUCCAACCAACCUUAUCUAUGCUUUGAACGCCUCUCUGCAAGCCAUCACCAAGGGCUCCGUAUCCCUCGAAGACCGUUUCGCAGCGCACAAGGCGACUUCCGCCAAGGUCAAGAAUUUUGUGCAAUCCUUGGGUCUGGAGCAACUGGUAGCGGACGGAAUCAAGGAUGGCGCAAACGGUAUGACUGCAGUCAAGUACCCUCAGGGCAUCAAGGCUGGUGACCUUUUGCCCAAAAUGGUGGCCAAGAACAUCGUCAUUGCCGCCGGGCUGCACAAAGAGGUCAAGGACACUUAUUUCAGAAUUGGACACAUGGGAGUCACCGUUGUUGACCCUAGCAGAGGCGACAUCGACCACCUGCUCAAAAGUCUGAAGGAAUCUUUGUCAGAGGCUGGGUACAAGGGCAACUGAUGCUCGCUGGCACGGAUGUAGAAUUGAUACACAGGGAUGGGCUCUUUGGUGGAAGACACUUGAAGUGCGGCAAAAUUGCGAUUACAUUGGAAUCCUGCCCAUCACAACGCAUGAGCCGAUCGAUUUGUGAUGCACGAGCUACGCCGGACUGGCCAGCGGGUGAUUGAUGAUGU